GUAUUGAGAAAAAUAAAUUUUGUUUAUAACAAAUUAACCGAUCGAUAAUUAGAUAAUAAAACACGUGCUAUCACUCAUGAUUGUCCUCGGUACCAAAAGAUAAGUUGUUAAUUUAUCAUAAAAAAUGAAGAAAAAGGUAGUAAUAGUGAUAAAAAAAAAAUUAACAGCGAUACAAUAUAUAAGAAUUGAUAGGAAGAAAAUCUUAGACACAAGUCUCUGGUGAUUGAUGUGAAUAGUUGGGAUUGCGAUGUUUUAAAAUACGUAUAAAUAUAUAGAGACAAAACGUGUACCUUGAAAAUAACCACGUAAUUCGCGGACUCUUUGCUGGAGUGGGUAGUGGGGUACUUUUCGUACAUAUAGAACGCCAUAAAACCUCGUUGAUGCGAUCAUUUUUGUUCAAAGUUAAUCCGUUUACUUAACCGAUAACAUUUAAAGUGUAAGAAAAUCACGGCAACCAGAAAGAAAAAAAAAAAGUAUAAACAAGAAGAAGAAGAAGAAGAAGAAGAAUAACAAAUAGUGCGUGAUUUUUAUAAAUAAUUAAAAAUGACUCGACUGUCAACUCGCCGGAUUUCAAGGGCGGAAAAUAUGAGGGUUCCACCUAAUCCGCCAAAAGCAUUAAUAGGAUGCCGACAUAUCCAGAUAUUACUGUUGACACUGGGAUUCUUUUGUUGCUACGCUGUAAGAGUCGCGCUCUCAAUUUCGCUGGUGGCAAUGGUCAAGCCAAAUACCUCGGAUCCUGACAUCGAGGUGUUUGACUGGAGCGAGAGUGUCCAGAACACGAUUCUGAGCUCGUUCUUUUGGGGAUACGUGAUAACACACAUACCUGGUGGAGAACUUGCUCAAAGAUUUGGAGCACAGAGAUUUCUGUGCUUUGCUGUUGGAAUUUGCGGCGUUGUUACGAUAUUAAUUCCGACUGCGGCGACUUACGGAGGCUGGCAGGCUGUUAUUGUCUUGAGAGUCCUGACUGGGGCGUGUCAAGGUGUUAUUCCACCGGCAAUGCAUACUAUUUUGUCUAAGUGGGUGCCUGUUGAUGAGAGAGGAAGAGCUGGAAGCUGCACGUAUUCGGGUGGAUGGUUGGGGAACGUGAUCGCAUUACUAAGUUGUGGCGUCAUCUCUGGUUCAUCAAUCGGCUGGCCCGGUAGUUUUUACAUAUGGGGCGGUAUUGCAACUCUUUGGUCCAUAACUUAUUACUUUAUGGGUAAAGAAUCUCCAGCAGAUCAUCGUGGUAUUCCAUUAGACGAAAAAGAAUACAUUGAGAUCAGCCUUGGAGUAACAGAGAUAACUCAACCGUUAAAGACACCUUGGACUGCCAUUUUAACGUCAAUACCCGUUUGGGCUCUUUUAAUUGCCCAGUGCUCUCAAGCUUGGGGCUUUUGGAUGCUCUUGACAAAGACACCGGCUUAUAUGAGCAGUGCAAUGGGCUACAAUAUACAAGAGAAUGGCGUGGUAUCAGCUCUGCCGUAUUUAGCGGCAUGGCUACUUGGUUUUCCAAUUAGUUUUACGGCAGAUAGGUUGGUUAAGCGCGGCUACACGUCAUUACAAUCAAUGAGAAAAAUAGCAAACACUGUCGGAGAAUGUAUACCCGCAGCAGCGCUCAUCGGACUGAGUUUUAUUAACAGCGAGCAUCGGAAUGUCGCCGUCGUUGUUCUUAUAGUGUCGGUGGCUUUUAAUGUUGCGGUAUUCAGCGGUCAUCAAAUGAAUCACAUGGAUCUGAGUCCUAAUUUUGCCGGUACUCUUAUGGGUAUUACUAAUGCUUCAGCCAAUAUAUGUGGUAUUAUGGCGCCACUAAUUUAUGGAGUUAUAGUUUCUGAUCCAACUGACAUUACUCAAUGGAGAAAAGUUUACAUACUUUCCGCGGGUAUUUAUAUAGCUGGUAAUUUUGCAUUUGUAUUUUUUGGCAAAGCGACAGUACAAUCUUGGAAUGAUGGAACGCAACAUACGCUUGGAAAUUCAACUGCACGUGAAAGUUAUAAAAUUCAAGAAGAACCGAUGCCUUAUGAAUCUAUUAAAAAAGAUAAUGAAAAAGAUAUUAUUGCAACUAAAUUGUCACACAUCCAAAAUACUCAAAAUGAUCUCAAAUAAAUAUUUCCAUUUUCAUUAU